UUCUUCCUUCCUCCAAAACGAAAAGGAGGAGAAGGGCUCUCUUCGUUUUCCUUUGGAACGCCCAAAGGCCUAUCUUCUUUCGCCACUUACCAGUUGCCAGUGCUUCAGAUUCGGCGUUAAUCUUCGGUUCCUUCUCAGAUGAAUAAUUCUGAUAGUUAUUGUUUUAGGGGAUGGAGACUACCUACACUGGCCUUGUUUCUUUUUCUUUGCUCCGUUGAUAUCGUUUUCGCUGAUUCGAAUCGAAAUCACUGUCUCGAAUGGCAGACCCUUACCGGGAGAAAAUUUUCAUCUCAGAUCCGUCUUCAUCCACACAUUCUGCUCAUUGUCACAGUUCCUUGGUCUGGUGAGUCGCGAUCCCUUAUGAAGGAGUUGGCACAUUUGUCUGCUUAUAAAAAAGAGAGAGUUCAUCUUCCAAAGCUAAUGGUUGUAUAUAGAAAUACUGACAAGAUGCUUGCAGACUUCCUUGGUGCUACCAAGGAACUAACAGUAUUCUGCUAUCACUACUCUAUGUCAUAUAAGUAUCAAGGGAGACUUAGAGCACAUAAUAUAUUAUCUUCCUUUGAUCAUCUUGUCUCUCUUCAACCUGAAGAUCUCCCUUUCAAAGCCUUAAACACUGCGGAAGACUUAAAAGCAUUCUUGGGGUCAACAGACAAGUCUGUACUUCUGCUGGAAUUUUGUGGAUGGAGUGCCAAAUUGUUGGCCACAGGAGCCAAUGGUAAUGAAAGUUCUUUCCAUGUGCACGAUGCAAAAGAAAAUGGGGUUAUUUUUGGGGCAAAGUUGCAUGGAGAAACCAAUAAAACACUUCCAUCCAAGGGGGAGAUAAAUGAGAAGGGGCUGAGAAAUGAAAAGCUUACUUGUGAGGUCAAAAAUGGGCUUAAUGGAAUACCUUGGCUGGAGAGAUUUUCCUUGGCAAAUGACAGUGCUCCUCUGCUGGAUUCUGAAUUUAUGACAUCCGAUGUUGGUAUCUCCUGUACAUUUGAUGAGUUUCAGCUGUUUGAUUCAUUCUUAUCAAAGUUCACAACAACAGCAAGAGAGUUCUUUCUUCCUCCUGAAAGGCACAGGUUUGGGCUGGUUUCUGAUCGAGCACUGCUGUCAUCUCUGGGUGUUGGUGAUUCUGAUUCAUAUUCAUGGUUGGUAAUGCUUCACUAUGCGGGAUGUCCCAAUUGUUCAGAGAUUCUUAAAAGAGGAGAGGACCUCCGAAGUGUUCUGCAGAUGCACCACUCUCCUGUUAUUGAGCUUGAAGGUGAAGGCCGUGAUCUCGAGCCUGCGUUACCCAUAAACAUGCCAUCAGUAAUUCUUUUUGUGGAUCGAUCAUCUGAAUCAUUGGAUAUUAGACAAAAGAGUAUGGAUGCUCUUAACACUUUUAGGGAGAUAGCUUUGCAGAAUGAGCUUUUCCAUCAGAGGGCUGGACAACACAGUGUUAAAUUCAGAGAAUACUCAUCCCUACCUUCUAAAGGACUGAGGAGAAGUAUAUCCAAUCAAGAUGGAAACCAAAGAGGAGAAUUCUCUUCAGCAACUCAAAUGGCCAAGCUCCAGGACAAGAUGGCUGUUGUGAUAAUCAACGAGGAUGGAAAAGUUGCUUUAAAUAAUAUAGCGGCAGAUAAGCAGUUCCAGUCCGUCAAUGACAUCUUAGGGCACCUGCUUCAGCAGAAGAAAGAAGCAAAAUUAAGUUUUCUUGCAAAGGAGCUAGGCUUCCAGCUUCUAUCUGAUGAUUUUGAUGUGAAACUAGCAGAUCUAUUACCAUCACAGAAGGAAACUGCUCAAUCUGUAGAAGUUCCAUCAGAAUUUCCAAUGGAAGAUACUGGUGAAAGUAGUAUUAUUCCGGGAAAAUAUAAUUUACCGAGUAGUGCAAGUGCAACUGCAGUUCAGCAUGAGGAACUGGCUGGUGUUACUUUUGUUAGACCUUCCCCAUAUCAAAAAGAAAUGGGAGGUUAUGCUGAGGAGGAUCCUCAGUCUAUUUCUGUAGAACCAGACAAAGCUCCCAUGCCUGGUGAAAAUAGUUUUCCCAAGGUUAUGAACUUAGAGGAGGAAAGUUCUGUGAAGAUUGGCCAACAACAUGUUGGGCAAAAGGUUGAACACCAACAAUUCAGAGGUUGUUUUUUCUUUUCUGAUGGUGGCUACCAAUUGCUGAGAACCCUUUAUGGUGGAUCCAAAAUUCCGUCUAUGUUAGUUCUUGAUCCUAUUUCACAAAAACACUAUGUCUUCCCAGAAGAAGUUUUCUGCUAUUCUUCCUUGGCUAAGUUUCUUGAUGGAUUUUCUAAUGGAAAGCUGAACUCAUAUCAGCGUUCAGAAACCAUAAUCGAAAGUCCUAGGGAGCCCAUCCAUCCUCCAUUUGUAAAUUUGGACUUUCAUGAGGUGGAUCCGAUCCCUCGAGUCACUGCCCACACAUUUUCUGAGUUGGUUCAAGGCUAUAAUCAGUCAAAUUCGCAAAAUGUUGGGCAUGCUUGGAUGAAGGAUGUUCUGGUGCUUUUUAGCAAUAGUUGGUGUGGAUUUUGCCAGAGAGCAGAGUUAGUUAUUCAUGAAGUAUACCAGGCCUUCAAGGGCUACCUGAACGUGUUGCAGGGAGGAUCUAGAAAUGGAGAAUCACAACAUAUUCCUGAUAGAUCAAAAGAUGCAAUUUUAAACGAGCUUCCACAGAUUUUCUUGAUGGACUGUACAUUUAACGACUGCAACUCUCUUCUAGAAUCAAUGGGUCAGAAAGUACUUUACCCGGCACUGGUGUUAUUUCCAGCAGGGAAGAAGAAUGCUAUCUUUUAUGAAGGGGAUAUGGCUGUAGCUAACAUAAUUAGGUUUGUAGCAGAUCAUGGAAGUAAUUCUCUUAUUAGUGAAGGUAUUUUGUGGAAUGGAGCUGGAAAAAGAGGUGUGAGGUCGUAUCUGUUAAAAAAUGAGUCUCCAAUUAUAGUUAAUGAAAAUGAUCCUCUUGUGAAGAGAAAUUUCCAUGAAAUCAUCUUUAAGCUCAAGACACCUGCUGAAACUUUAGAAAACAAUCAGAUUGAAUCAGACAUAUCCAAGGACCUAUAUAAAGCAUCACCUCAUGUGCUUGUUGGCUCUGUCCUUACUGCCACUGAAAUGCUUCUCAGUGCCCCCCCAUUUGAUAAUUCUGUGGUUCUCAUUGUGAAGGCAGAUCGCAGUACAGGUUUUCAAGGUUUGAUUAUUAAUAAAUACAUCAGCUGGGACACUCUCCAGGAAGUAAAUGAUGGGUUAGAACUUCUAAAGGAGGCUCCUCUGUCCUUUGGAGGCCCAGUUUUAUUUAAAGGAAGGUAUCUAGUCAGUUUAUCUCGAGUAGUUACUGAACCAGGGUAUUCUGAGGUCCUUCCAAGUGUAUACUUUCUUGAUCAGUUAGCCACAACCAAAGUUGUUGAGGGGCUCAAAUCUGGAAACCAAAUGGUUAAGGACUAUUGGUUCUUUUUUGGGUCCUCGAGCUGGGAAUGGAAUCAGCUCUUUAAUGAGAUUGCUGAAGGGGCUUGGCAUGUAAACAAUGAGCAUGGACAGUUAGAUUGGCCUCAAAGGUGAGCAUUAAGGCAAGUUAUUGUAAAUGGUAGUUUGUGUGGCAGAGUUUUGAAUUUCGGCAGCUCGGAACUGUAGGAGACUAAACAGAGGACUACUACAGCAAUGGCGAGGGUGUUAGGGCCCUUUAGCAUUGGGGUACCAUUCUGGGUUUUAUUUUUGACACCUUAAAACUGUAUAUUUGGUUGUACUUUAGCUAUUUGUUUUGGUUCCAAAAUGAGCUUCAUACUUGAUAUAUAUCAAUCAGCUUAUUUGAGAUUUGAUUAGAAAUAGCUGUAGUGAGA